UCUACGCACAAGAAACGGUACAAAAAUGGACGAUUACAUGCCACCGCGCUAUCAGCUUCUCGGUAGGAUUGGCGAAGGUGUUCAUGGCGUUGUGGUGAAGGCACGGGAUCUCAGUAAUGACGACAAGAUUGUGGCUAUUAAAAAGCUCACCCUCCGGACGAAGCACGGUUGGAUUUCUCCGAACACGAUACGGGAGAUCAAAGUGCUGCAGAAUUCGCAGUGUGAAAAUAUUUUAUCGCUGUUGGACAUGUACCCGGACCUUUCCGGGAUAUCACUUGUCUUCGAGUACAUGCCACACACGUUGUACAGCAAAAUGAAGGACGAGGAGCACCCACUUUCCCGGCAUGAAAUUCGUCGCUACAUGGCCAUGCUGCUGAAUGGGUUGAAAUAUUUACACGAACUGCGAAUCAUGCAUCGGGAUAUAAAACCUGCCAAUUUGCUAAUUGACAAGCACGAUGUGCUGAAAAUUUGCGACUUCGGUUUGGCACGGCUAUUCAACGAUCAGGACCCCACGAAGGUGUACUCCCCACAGGUAGCGACGCGAUGGUACCGGGCACCGGAAAUCCUCUGGGGAUGUCAAACGUACGGGCCCUCCAUCGAUAUGUGGGCUGCAGGGUGCGUGUUUGCUGAGAUGCUGCGAGGAGUGCCGUUGUUUUCCGGAGGUACCGACAUCGAACAGUUGGCACUGGUCGUCCGUACUCUGGGGACACCCAUUUUGAAAGACUGGCCGGAGGUGCGUAGUCUGCCCGACUACAACAAAAUUCGUUUUCCCAAUUCCAAGGGUGAACGAUGGGAAGAUAUUUUCCCUAGUUUUACGACGAAGAACGAGAUAGGAUUGGUGGAUGGGUUGGUGAUGUACAACCCGACCAGGAGAUUGACAGCAGAGGAGGCUAUGCAGCACCCAUAUUUUACCGAGAGAGAUGAAAGCUAAGAUCAC